AUGAAAGAUUACGAUUGUGAGAAGCUCUUAGGGCUACCAAAGUUACAAAUUGGCAUCGGCAUUGGCUUGAUCUUUGUUUCCGUGAUUAGCAACAUUGUUGUGUUGUUGAGAUCGCGGUUUCCAGUGCCGGGCUUUUUUCUAGUUAUGGUCCCAUUGAUCGUGAUGCUCACAAUGGGACUUGCGCUGGUGGGAGCUAACAAGCUGGGAAGCAGAAGAUUGAUGGCUACACCAGUAUGGUUCAAAGAAAAAGUUCGCAAUAAUGACAACUGGGAAAAUAUUAAAUCCUGCAUCUUCACUACAGGAACAUGCGACGAUUUGGUGUCCAGGUCGUGGAAUCUCAAAGCCUAUGAUUUCAGUAUCAAGAAAUUAUCAUCCAUAGAGUCUGGAUGUUGCAAACCACCAUCGAUAUGUCAAAUGGAUUAUGUAAAUGCCACAUUUUGGACAAAAGUUGAAGGGGCUGUGGAUGAAUCACAGCAGCAAUAUAGCGACUGCGCUACAUGGCAGAAUGAUCGAAGUAUCUUGUGUUACAACUGUGGAUCUUGUAGACAUGGUUUUGUGAGAGUAAUGGAGAGCAAAUGGAUGAAUCUUGGGGUCCUGCUCAUUUUGAUGGCCUUACUUCUUAUUAUUGUUCAUAUAUUACUAUUCGUUAUGGUUAUGUGGGAGCACUACAAUUGA